UUUUGCGGGGCGAAGUCCUGCCCUUUUCCACUCGUGCUUUUCCUACAUGGAAAAUGUUCAAAGGUAUUUGUCCAUAGGGAAAGUUGUAGGUUGUCUUUAAUGCUGCCGUUCCAGUACAGACUCAUCACUGGGGUCUGAUGAUAAUAUUCCUUAUACCAGGAAAAACAUCAGCCUCCAAGUAUGAGGUCCCAGGCACGACUUGGAAGUCGUGCACUGAAACCUUUGGCCAGGAAGUUUGAUUUAUUCAUCGGGCUGGCUGCAGUUCAAAUAGAACUUCUUCAGUUCAGCUGACUCCAGUGAGAAUAUGGACUGCAAGGAAAAAGAAACCCCUUAGAUCUGUGUUUCUCCAGCCUUUUGCAAAAGGAUCGACAGUGGCGGUAUGCAUGCCGAUUCCUGUGAAUAUUCCUAAGUUCCUGGGGGACUGCUUUGCUUUUUGAAUCAGGAAGUUGCAGAACACCCUCAAGGAUGGCACUUGUGGAUAAACACAAAGUCAAGCGGCAGCGACUGGACAGAAUCUGUGAAGGUAUUCGCCCCCAGAUCAUGAACGGCCCCAUGCACCCGCGGCCGCUGGUGGCACUGCUGGACGGCAGGGACUGCACGGUGGAGAUGCCCAUUCUGAAGGACCUGGCCACGGUUGCUUUCUGUGACGCACAAUCAACUCAGGAGAUUCAUGAGAAGGUAUUAAACGAAGCCGUUGGGGCGAUGAUGUACCACACCAUCACGCUGACUCGGGAAGACCUAGAGAAGUUCAAGGCCUUACGGGUCAUCGUUCGAAUAGGCAGCGGCUACGACAACAUUGACAUCAAAGCUGCGGGGGAGCUCGGGAUCGCCGUCUGCAACAUCCCGUCGGCGGCGGUGGAGGAGACGGCCGACUCCACCAUCUGCCACGUCCUCAACCUGUACCGCCGCAACACGUGGCUCUACCAGGCGCUGCGGGAAGGCACGAGGGUGCAGAGCGUGGAGCAGAUCCGGGAGGUGGCCUCCGGAGCCGCCCGCAUCCGGGGGGAGACGCUCGGCCUCAUCGGCUUCGGUCGCACUGCGCAGGCGGUCGCAGUCCGAGCCAAGGCGUUCGGCUUCAACGUGAUCUUUUAUGACCCGUACCUGCAGGAUGGGAUUGAGAGGUCCCUGGGGGUCCAGCGGGUCUACACACUGCAGGACCUGCUCUACCAGAGCGACUGUGUCUCGUUGCACUGUAACCUUAAUGAACACAACCACCACCUUAUCAACGACUUCACGAUCAAGCAGAUGAGGCAGGGAGCGUUCCUGGUGAACACAGCACGCGGGGGACUGGUGGACGAGAAGGCCUUAACCCAAGCCCUGAAGGAGGGACGGAUACGAGGGGCUGCGCUUGACGUGCACGAGUCUGAACCGUUCAGUUUUGCUCAAGGCCCAUUGAAAGAUGCUCCUAACUUAAUCUGUACCCCACACACGGCCUGGUACAGCGAGCAGGCGUCCCUGGAAAUGAGAGAAGCUGCUGCUACUGAAAUCCGGCGUGCCAUCACAGGGCGCAUCCCAGAAAGCCUAAGGAACUGCGUCAAUAAGGAAUUCUUUGUCACGACGGCUCCGUGGUCAGUAAUAGAUCAGCAAGCGAUCCAUCCGGAGCUCAAUGGUGCCGCGUACAGGUAUCCGCCUGGGAUGGUCAGUGUGGCACCGGGAGGAAUACCAGCAGCUAUGGAGGGCAUCAUUCCCGGCGGCAUCCCUGUCACUCACAACCUCCCCACAGUGGCACAUCCUUCCCAAGCGCCAUCUCCGAACCAGCCCACAAAACACGGGGACAACAGGGAACAUCCCAACGAGCAAUAGCAGCUAAUUUAAAAAGCACUCCAUAAACUUAGGACCAAGAGACGUUGGAAAAGAAGUUAUCCACGGACUAAAGGAAGCAUUUGAUACGAGAUUUGUAACGUUCCUUUUGGACAGACGCAUCAUUGAUGGUCCCCUGUUCCCCACAAGGCGACAGCAGGUCAAUGGGGAGAAGGCCUGAAGAAGUCGCCUCAACUGAAGCGCUGAAAACUCAGAUGUGAUCCAUGAAUGAGCAACUUCUGUUCUUGUGUGUUCAGUUUCCUUCAUCUGUGCAUCAAUCACAUGAAUAAAGAGAGAUUCUUUCCCCCCCACCUUUAAUUCAUUGGGAAGGGCAGAGCUUCUGCACCAGCUUUCAAACCGCUGCGUUCAGCCAUCGCUGCGGAGUUAACACGGAUGUGGCUUCAGCCCUUUCCUUACUCCUGGAUCUGGUUACCUCUCCCAACAGGAAGCAUUAGGCCUGGCUUAGAGGAAAAACAUCCUAAUAAACAUAGGGCCAGUAAUGGAAGUUCUCCUGCCAGGCUUAAGCUGGGAUCCAUGGGAUGAGGAGGGCAGAAAGGGAAUGGCCACUGCCCUCCUAAGCUAAAGGAAGAACCCAACAACUGCCCCAUACACUGAAUAAAGUAGCUGUGCAUCCACCUCUGCCCUGCAAUGAUGCAAGACAAAAAAAAAAAGAGUAAAAAAAAAAAAAAAAGGAAAAAAGAAAAAAAAAAGAGAGAAGAAAGUAUUAAGUUUCACACUAUUUGUACUCAAAUAUAUUUUCUCAGUUUUAAAUCUGCAGCUAUUUUAUCAAGUGGAAAGAAAAAAAAAAUGAAGUCUUGAGCUGGAAAAGGGCUCAAGAAUAAUGUUGCAUUUCCUUAUGUCUCAGGAAACACUUUUUAUGGUAACUUGUCAGACUGUCUCUGAACAAACCCCCCCUUUUUUAGACAUGGGUAAAAGAAGUCUUCUUUUCUUCACGUGCUAUUUUAUACAAGAACACUUGGACCACGUGCUAUUAGAUGUGACUGAUUUUAACAAAUCCUCUUAGAUUUGUAUCAACUUAGUUACAUGUUAUACUCAUAGUCUUUUGUGAAGCAUCGCCUUUUUGUUUUUAAGAGAUGGCCGAUGUUGAGCCCUUGUAUGGGUACACUCCUGUUUCUGUGACAUAACAAAAUACCUGAAGCUGUCCCCAGCAACCAGAAAAGAAACCACACAACCCGAUGGCUAUCAGCAGUAUGUUUUGUUUUAGUGUGUUACCGGUCCUGUAUUUGUUUCUUGUAAAGGUGGACAUUUAGCGGUCAGUGCAGUUUUCAAUAAAAAAAAGUGAUAAAAUU